GUGACAGCAACCUGACGACGAUCAUCCAUCUUUCUACUUCUUUCAACUGUUGCUUGGGCUCAGUGACUCUCGGCGGUGUGACUGCGAUACUCAGUUUCCAUUUCUUCUAUUCUUCUUGUCACCUUCAUCAAAUGUUUUCUUAAAUACUCUUUUAAAACCACCAGCCGCAAUCGCAUUAAGUCGAUACUCUUCAGCCUUUCCAUCUUUACCGUCUCCGGCAUAACGUUCAUUAUUGUUCCUCCACCAACAGAUACACGAUGGAGUCUCUUCUAUCUCUCGCCUUCGACAACCUUUCCUCAUAUGACGGACCAAAAGUCCGUAAGGGCCUUCGCCAGGUCGAAGGCCUUCUAGCUCAGAUCUGUCUCUCUAAAGCAAACUCUCGAAACGACCGUGCACAUCGAAGCCGGGAUACCGACAAUGAUGGGAGUGAAGGAUCAACACCUUCUCAAAAGGAUCUUUCCCAACUUUCCCGCGACCCGGCAUUUCGAGAGUUUUUUAAGUUGCAGGAGGGAUUCGAAUGGAACGUUGCGAUGCGCCUUAUCAGCACUCUCGAUCGACUUAUGGCUAAGGGUGGUGAUGGUGGAAACGACCUGUUGAUUCUGAGUGCCCUUGACCUCAUACAAGGAGUCUUGUUGCUACAUCCUCCCAGCAAGUCUCUCUUUGCCCGAGAACAGAACAUGAACCUCCUCCUUGACCUUCUCGAGCCCUUCAACUGCCCUGCGAUCCAAUCUGCGACUCUCCUCACACUCGUCACUGCUCUUAUCGAGACCCCAAUCAACACCCGUACCUUUGAGAGCCUUGAUGGCCUUCUCACUGUCACCUCUCUUUUCAAGUCGCGAUCCACCGCCCGUGAGGUCAAGCUGAAGCUCGUUGAGUUCCUCUACUUCUAUCUCAUGCCUGAGAUUCCUUCGAUUCCCCGAGCCGAUCAGCGCGAUAGUGUUCCCGCUAUGCUUCAGCGAAGUCCUAGUAAACUCGCAGGUGCCUUCAAUGCCGACUCACGUCGCAAGCGUUCCGGCUCUGAUCCUGAAGGUGACAUCUAUCUCACCACGGAGGAGAAGCAGGAGCUGCUAAGCCAGCAUCUGAGCAGCGUAGAGGAUCUUGUCAAAGACCUCCAAAACUGCGCACCUUUCGGUGGUGUUGUCUGCUAAAUGCCGCUGCAAAGAAUGAAGUCGUGGUUCAUACUGUUUUCAUAUUUCCUGUUACAUCUCAUUCAACGGCGUUGUAAGGACUAUUAGGUGGUGCCCUUAUGAUUUGCUCUUUCUUUUGGCGCGGAGUUCUGAGUGAUAACUUCGGUGCACAUAAUCGUUUGUUCGUUGCGCCGGGACUGUUGAAUAUUUGGAUCAUCCCUUUGCAUGAAUGGUCUGGCUAGGCGUUUACAAGUAACAGAAAAGAAUAGAACGGAACGCAUUUCUCCUUUGAAUUAUUGCUUUUGCUCUGGUGCAACAUCCCCCGCUACACUUUGUGGAGGGGUGGGAACGAUUGACAAGGGACGGCCUGGUGUUAUGGCUGAGUCGUUACCGUACAGUUCGAACCGGCCGUCUAUUGUUUCAGAAAGGGGUGUCUGGUAUAUACUCGGGCUGGACAUGGGUGACAGAAGAUCGCUGCCGUCCCUAUUCGCUGAGCCGAUCUCCACGGGCGCGGCGAUAUCUCCAGGGGAUUGUGCAUGCAUGGGCACAGCAGCAGUUCUUCCAGGUGAGGUGACCCGUGAGCUUGCUUGCUCCGUAUAUGGUCCUGCUGCUGGGUCUGGUCCAAAGUAGUCCUGGGUCAAGCCUGACCGGGCAUGGCUCCCGGAUAUAUCUGUCAUGGCAUCUCUAGGGGGCGCACUGCCGUCUCCUUCGCCAGAUGCUGAUGGCCUUGAUGCAGUGCGCUGGCGUCGCUUGUGCAAACACAUCCAAGUCAGCCCGCCAACAAUGAUGCUCGCUCCCACGACGACACCGACGCCAAUCCCAGCCUUUGCACCGUCUGACAGGCCGCCGCUGCUGCUGCUGUCGUUGUCGUCGACAAUCGUGACACCGCUUUCUGUCGGUGUAGCUUGAGCGCAAUAUCCCUCACCACUGACCUGGGUGCACUCUUGGUCGUUGUCACAACAGCCUGCACCAUCUGAGCAUUUAUGCUGAGAGGUCGUACAGCCUGAAGGAAUGGGCGACAGGAGGUCGGUUUUCGAAGCCGGUCUCGUAGAGGCGCAAUCACCACCCGCCCGACACUCAGAGUUGUAGCCGCAGCAGUUUCCACCAAGGCUACUUGGGCAAAGGUAAAGACUCGUCCUGGGACACUUGCGAUCGCAGCAGCCCUCUUGCGCAGUGGCAGUUCCACUCCUUGUGACGGUGCGGGUACAGAAAUAAGCAUUCGAACUACACGGCGAAUCGCUGGAGCAGUUGGAGCCUAUAGGACAGCAUUUCGGGUCGCCUUUUCGGUUGACGUAGCAGUAAGAGUCGUUGUCGCAACAAUCAUCUGGAAAUCCAAUCUCGAGACCUGUGGCACAAAUGAGUUUGGUGUCUGAGAGCAUUAUAGCAUCCACAUGGACCUACAGUUGUGAUGAUCUGAACCACAGUCUCCUGCGCGUUUUGCUAAAGGAAAUGAGCGAUCGAUGAGGAAGCGCGGCAUCAGGUCGCCAGGAGCCGCUUGGAGUGCCUCAUACUGUCGUGGGUUGUGCGCAACGGUAAGAGGGACCAAGACGAGACAACUGAGAAGCCUCAUGAUGAGAGCGGCACAAGGAAGAGUGACGGAAGAUUCAACAAAGCGCAGUAUUCAUCGUCGCAUCUCUUAUGAAAUCUAUUUUCUCUCACAGUUAAAUUGAUCAGAAGCCGGAAACCGAUGAGCGUAGUUGAACAAAGAAAAAGAAUGUGAUGGGAGCCAAG